UUACGUCAUGAAACACAGAGCCCCAGCCGCUAUCACUCUCCUGAGCGUUUCUGUUAAAGUUUUCGGCGUGCACCUUCUCUAUAUGGUAUUGUAAUUUAUGUGUUAAUGUAAAGCCGCGGUGGCAGAGGAAACCACGGGAGCAGGUGGAUGAGCUGUCUGUGGGGACGUCAGGAACCAUAGCUACAUCACUGACCACACCAUUCUGUGUCAGUGGAUAUACUUAUCAACAGGUAGCACAUGAGUGAUAGCUGAGAUGACACGCCCCCGCCGGAUCACUUCAACCAGCCUCCUUCUCCUCAGGAGGCUUUUAUUGGCACUUAUGACGAUACACACAGCUUUGGGGGGAGACAAGACAGAAAGGUGUGAUGGGCGAGACUGCAGUGUCUGCCAGUGUUUCCCCCCCAAAGGAGAGAGGGGGAAUCCUGGUGUGUUAGGUCCGCAGGGCAUGCAGGGGCUUCCAGGUUUGCCUGGCCCCCAAGGACUUAAUGGCGAAAAGGGUCAACGUGGACUCAUAGGCAUGCCUGGACUCUCUGGCCCAAAAGGAGACCAAGGCUUUCAAGGAGAUCAAGGCUAUGCUGGAUUAGAUGGAGUGCCUGGUCAUCCAGGGCCUGGUGGUCUUCCAGGGCUUCCAGGGAAGGAUGGCUGUAAUGGAACCAGGGGGCAGCGUGGGUUGAAUGGUGAGACAGGACAGCCUGGCUUCCCGGGACCAAUGGGACUACCUGGGUUAAAAGGAGCCAAAGGAGACCCGUUUACAAGGAUACAGUUCCUUCCUGGGACACCUGGUGCCGAUGGACUACGUGGAAUACAUGGACCAGAAGGGCUAAAAGGGGUCACUGGCCCACAAGGUCCACCAGGACGAAUGGGGUCUGAUGGGUAUAUGGGCUUACAAGGAAUACCAGGUCAAAGAGGCCUACCAGGAGACCCAGGAAGAUCACUGCCUGGACCAAAAGGAGUUGAGGGGGAACAGGGGGAACAGGGUGAACCAGGUCCUUUUGAAUAUGUGGAGCCCAACCCAGAAGACUAUGUAAAAGGCGAAAAGGGGAGGAAAGGUCAGAAAGGAAUUUGUGGACCACCUGGCCCAAAGGGUUUUGAAGGGUUUCCAGCUGAAAAAGGAGAGAAAGGCAUAAUUGGUUUACCUGGUAACAGAGGCCCACCUGGAUAUCCAGGAAUAAUUGGCUUUCCAGGACUUAAGGGGGCACUAGGGGAAAAUGGUCUCCCUGGUCUAUAUGGCAACCCAGGGUCACAGGGCUACCCAGGAGACCCCGGACCUAAAGGAAACCCAAAAACCUAUUACAACAAUAUGAUUGGACUACCUGGAGAUCGUGGAAUUCCUGGUUUAGCUGGACCUCCUGGGAAUAGAGGGUCAAUGGGUAUACCUGGACCCCCUGGUGAUCCUGGAGCAUCUAUAAUAGGUUCAGUGGGGGAAUCUGGUUUGCAUGGUCUUAAUGGUUUCAAAGGAGAAAAAGGUGACCCAGGAAAAUUAUAUGGGUCAUACUUAAACUAUGGGGAACCUGGAAAACCUGGCCCUCCUGGAUCCAAAGGACAGACAGGAAUUCCUGGUAAUCCUGUUUGUGGUUACUAUUGCCUGCCUGGAGAGCGUGGAGAUCCCGGGCAGGUUGGGAAAAGAGGGCCUCCUGGAAUAAAAGGUGUUUGGGGGAGAAAAGGUCCUGAUGGGGGAUGUGCAUGUGACCCCCUUGGUGAUCUACCUGGCGAUCCUGGCCCCCCAGGUCCUCAGGGUAUCACUGGUGAUCCAGGGCAAAAAGGGUUCCGGGGUCCUCCUGGUGAUAUCGGACCCAUCGGAGAGAUGGGUGGGAGAGGUGCAACUGGUCCCAGAGGCUUCACAGGUGUCAGAGGGCUUAAAGGAGAGAAAGGAGAAUUUAGGAUGAUCAGCAUAAAGGGGGACAAAGGUGACACGGGAUCUGUUGGACCAUUUGGAAAACCAGGGUUUAAUGGGAGGAAAGGUGCUGAUGGGAAGAUGGGUGCCCCUGGAGAUCCUGGAUCUCUGGGAGAUAGUGUUAUUGGUCCGCUGGGUGACCGAGGGUGUCCAGGAACUGCUGGUGUAAAAGGCCACAUGGGUCCAACUGGUCCUCCUGGCCCGAAUAUGAUGGGGUCAGUUGGGCAACGGGGGGAACCAGGGGAAGCAGGACCUCAAGGCCAGAUGGGACCCCCUGGUUCUAAAGGUGUUCAAGGUGAUACCCUGCCCUCUGCACCUGCCAUACCUGGACCCCCAGGUUCUAAAGGAAUGCCAGGUUGUAAAGGUGAGAUAGGUAAGCUUGGAAAUCCAGGAUGCAUAGGACAAAUUGGACCAGAUGGUCCCAAGGGAGAGAUUGGAGACCCUGGCAAUAGUGGGUUGGCAGGACUUCAAGGUCCGGUUGGAUUAUUAGGAGAUCCAGGUGAGACUGGCCCAGAUGGAAUCAGUUCUAGUGGCUCACCUGGCACACCUGGUAAUCGUGGACCCCAAGGUCUGAAAGGGUCUUUAGGAAACUCUAUUAUAGGGGCCCCAGGACCGAAGGGGCCAAGUGGGAUUCAGGGAUAUCAGGGUCCUAAAGGUGUCCCUGGACCUCCUGGACCAAAUGGAUUGCAAGGUGCAUCUGGAGUUCAUGGACUUCCUGGUAGAAAAGGGGAAAAAGGAAAGGAUGGUACACCAGGAGCACCUGGUUACCCAGGUGUGGGACCAGAGCGGUGUGACAAAGGACAAGCUGGUCCACCUGGCAAACCAGGACCACCAGGCUUCACUGGACUGAGAGGCUGCCCUGGUGAGAAAGGACCCCCUGGGGUGGUGGGAUUUCAAGGCAUUGGAGUCAAAGGAGAAUGUGGCAAGCCUGGUAUCCCAGGCUGUCAGGGACGCGCAGGCCUUCAGGGACCUUCAGGACUCAAAGGGGACAGUGGAAACCCUGGAGGCCCUGGAGCAAAGGGUUUGCCUGGAUUUCCUGGCCAAGAUGGCUAUCCUGGCAACAAAGGGAAGACCGGCCCUUUGGGGGCUCCUGGACCGAAAGGCUUUAGGGGUCUCAAUGGAUAUCCAGGUUUCCCAGGGUUCAACGGAACCAAGGGCCAGAAAGGAUGCAGUGGGCCUCCAGGAUCUCUGGGAGAGAUGAUUUCAGUGCCAGUGAAGGGCAAACUAGGGUCACCUGGACCUAAUGGGGAGAGUGGGGUCAUUGGAGAAAGGGGUAAUAAGGGUGAGCCAGGGCCGCCUGGACAACCAGGGUAUCCCGGACGUAAUGGACAUUCAGGGUAUGAGAGUGGCCAGCGUGGACCACCAGGCUUUCCGGGGUUGUCUGGCCAGCCUGGUGUCCAAGGGCAACGUGGGCCAAGGGGAAUUGCAGGAGCUCCUGGGUAUAAUGGUGAUCCGGGUGAUCCUGGAAUGACUGGUCUGGCAGGAACCCCUGGUUUCCCUGGGUUUGAUGGUCCUAAAGGUGACAAAGGUGAAUCUAUUUUUUGGCAAGGACCAGCAGGUGAGAUAGGGCCAUGUGGAGAAAGAGGAGUGUCAGCUCCCCCUGGUGAAAAGGGAGACUGGGGUGACCCUGGCCCACCCGGGCCUAGGGGAAACUGUGGUCCACCUGGACCACCUGGGAACAAUGGCCUGGCUGGACGUCCAGGAGUGGUUGGGCCCCCAGGUCCAUGUGGAAGACAUGGUCCAGAAGGUCCUCCGGGGCCUCCAGGUAAACUGGGCCCUAAAGGAAACCCAGGAUCCACUGGCCUUGGAGGACCUCCGGGGCCCCCAGGGCUCCAUGGACUUGACGGCCUGAAGGGGGACAAGGGUGAAAUGGGAUAUCGAGGAGAGGAUUUAAGUGGGUAUAGGGGCAAUAUAGGACCAUCUGGAGACAAGGGCACUCCAGGAGACCCAGGUUUACAAGGUCCAUCACAAACAGGUGUCCGAGGUCCAAAAGGACAGUGUGGAAGCCAAGGAGACCCUGGUCAAAUGGGUCCUGUAGGCUUUCGUGGUGAAGAAUGUAAGAUUCCUAAACCUGGACCCAGUGGAGAACGGGGAUACGCUGGGACAGAUGGACCUCCAGGGCUCAAGGGAGAGACAGGAGAGGCAGGCAGUGUGUUCACAGUGUGUGGUGAUUUUGGUGAACCAGGUUUUCCUGGUUCGCCAGGGUAUAAAGGAGAAAAAGGAAUCCAUGGGCCCAGUGGCCUCCCAGGGUCUGACGGCCUAGAAGGUCCAAAAGGUGAAAGUGGACAAAGUGGACUUUUGGGCCUUCCGGGACCCUCUGGCCCCAUAGGAGAUUGUGGACCCCCUGGUCUUUGGGGCGCAAAAGGAGACAAAGGGGUCCCAGGGCCAAAAGGAGAGCCUGGGGCUGUCAAACUUCCUUCUUCUCGUCCCCCUUCUCCUGGACCUAAGGGUGCUCUUGGUGCACCUGGCCCGGUUGGGGAUGUUGGUGAUCAUGGACCUAAUGGCUCUGGGGGUCUGAAAGGUAUAAAGGGACAAAAAGGAGAUAUUGGAUUCCCUGGACCUACUGGGACAGAAGGACCAGUUGGAGAACUUGGAAGCCCUGGAGUGUCUGGCGACAAAGGAGAAAGGGGCAGUCGGGGAUCCCCAGGGCCAGAUGGUGAUCAGGGUCCCCCUGGCACAUCAUCUGCCGGCUUUCUUUUGGUGAAGCACAGCCAGUCUGAGGAAGUGCCCACUUGUCCUGAGGGCUUAAGAGCGUUAUGGAAUGGCUACAGCCUGCUAUAUCUGGAGGGUCAAGAGAGAGCACACACACAAGACCUGGGCCAGGCAGGUUCAUGUCUGCGUAUGUUCAGCACCAUGCCAUUCUCCUGCUGUAAUAUGAACAAGUGUGAUUAUGCCAGUCGCAAUGACAAAUCCUAUUGGCUCUCUACAACUGCCUCAAUUCCAAUGAAUUCCAUUCUGAGGGGAAUGGAAAUUAAAGAACACAUCAGCAGAUGUGUGGUGUGUGAGGCGUCAUCGCCAACCAUUACAUUACACAGUCAAAACGAAACUAAACCAAUCUGUCCUUCUGAUUGGAGCACACUAUGGUCUGGAUAUUCAUUCCUCAUGCAUACAGGAUCAGGGGACGAGGGAGGUGGACAGUCUCUGUCAUCAACAGGAAGCUGUUUGUCGAACUUCCGCAGCCAGCCGUUCGUGGAGUGCCAAGGUUCGUAUGGCACAUGCCAGUAUUCCCCCACCUUCUUCAGUUACUGGCUGACUAGAGAGAACAUGCACCACAAGGUUCCCCAAGGUACUGUGAUCAACGGACAGAACCAGCGCAACAGCAUCAGCUCAUGCAGCGUCUGCAUGAAGACGACGCCGUUAUAAAAAAAACACUGCACUGAGAAUGCACACCAAUAGGUCAACGCAAUGGAAGUGAUUGAGAUGCUUUUGGUCACUUUUUUUGGAGAAGAGAAAAAGGACAUAAUUUGUGAUUUAUUUUUGUUGAACUACAGGCUGUGGUCUUUUUACUUCAGUGGAUUCGUUCCCACAUAGCUCAGUCUAACAUGACUUUCUUCGUCUACUUGUUUGUAUUACAUUUUGGUGCUAGCAAAAAGACCAUUUGCACAAAUACCUAUAUACCAAUGUUCCUUUUCUCCUUAGUAUCAGCAAGCAUUUCAUUUGCGCACAUCAAAAUAUUAACGCAAUAUUGCAUUGAUAUUACAAUCAUUAGUAUUUAAGCAGAACGUAUCAUUAAUACUGAACCUUGAGAACAAAACUCCCAUGAUCCAGUGAAAUCAAAUAGGAAUGUCUGGUAGAGGCAGAUAGCUAAAUUGCUAUUGCUGUGACCGGUAGGUAUGGGUUUUUUUCUGUAUAGAAAUCAACAAAUUACUGUUUUUCUUUCCAAAGUUUUCUAUGCUUUGAUUUUAAACCAAGCAUUGUGCUGAAUUAAGAUCCAGUCACAUUUGGAAUUCAGUCCUUUCAAUAGAAAUCGAUUUCACUUAAAGGUGAGAUUUACAACGCAGAUUUCACAACUGGUUCACUGCACUGUUAGCAAUAGACUUUUUUUCCCCUGCCAAAUAUUACCGAGAUUUUGCUAAUGUGACAAUAUCUUUACUGUUUAUUGCUCUUUAACUGAGUUCAAGAAUCCAGUACAUUAUUUUAUAGCUGUUGAUUUGUAAAAUGAUUGGGAAUAUUUAGUCAUUAGAGAGAGACAGCUUAAGCGGCAUUCAACUCAUGUUAGCAGUAUGCCCCUUAUGAAAAUUAACUGUGGUUUAAAUACAAAUAAUGAUCUAAAAAAAUAUGUUAGAUCAGGUAGCUAACAACAAAUUAAACGUGGUUAUAUAAAUGGAAAUAAAUCUGGGGAAAAAAGUCACAGUUAAUUUACUUAAGGGAAAUAUUAGCCUUGCUAAUGCUAUGCUCUGCUGGAUGAACUACAACCACUAGGUCGAUAGAUGUUUUCAGUCAACAAGCUGCGGGAACUAAAAAUUAAUUUGUCUGCAGAUUCUACAGCUUGAACCAACAAACAUUUUAGUGUUGUCUUGGGUUAUAGGAUAUGUAUGUCCAUGUGAUAAAAGCAUUAUCAUUAUCAUUAGCAGGUCAAUAUGGAGGAAAAUGUAGGAGGAUAUAAGACUUCACUCAGUAGUUAGAUGUUAAAACACCACCUUAUUUCAUUGUUUUCCAGUAGGGGUACAAUCCACAACUGGCUGGCAGGAGCAAGUGGCUGGUGGCAUCUGCCAGUCAGGUCACUGGCAGCUGCCAGUGGUAGGUCAACAACACUAUUUUUUCAGAACCAAUUCCAACUCCGUUUUUUUUUUUCUUUUUUUUUUAAAUCAAUGUGAAAUUUCUAUUUCUGUUGUGUGUUCACCUGAUCAUCAGUUUUGUGUGUUAAACACAAUCUACUAAAUAUAGACAACUUAAUUUUAAUGAAAAAUAACAAAUGAAAAGAAUGAAAAGAAAAACCUUUUGGUGCUUUUGGCAGUGUGGGCAGGUGCCAAAUCCUGCUGGAAAAUGAAAUCAGCAUCUUCAAAAAGCUGGUCAGCAGAAAGAAGCAUGAAGUACUCCAAAUUUCUUUGUAAACUGGUGCAGUGACUUUGGUUUCCAAAAAACACAAUGGACCAACACCAGCAGAUGACAUUGCACACCAAAUCAUCACAGACCGUGGAAACUUAACACUGGACUUAAAGCAACUUUGGCUAUG